AUGAGAGCUUCCACCGCUUUUCCCACUGCUUGCGCUGCGGCCAAGCAACGUGAAAAUGGGCCAAGUACUAGUGGCAGCCAGAGUCGACCAUCGACCAGUCGUCCAAAUCAUCCACCCAGAAUGAGUCUGCGGAUAUUGCCGGUCAAGGCAGGAGGGGGGUCAAAAGUAACGCCGAGAUCCACUGUUCGACACUAUAAGGCAGACGUCAGCGGUAGGGAAAUUUUUGAUAAUUUUGUAGGAAGUAGUUCAAAAAGAAGUUUUUGGGGUAAAAGUUCCUUAUUUUGGCCACAACUUAUAACCAGAGAUUGCCACGGCUCCGGAGCCGGCUCUUGGCUCCGGCUCUGAGCGGCUCCGGCUCCGAGCCGGGAGCCAGAGCCGGAGCCGGAAAUUUUGGGGUCGGCUCCGGCUCCCGAGCCCAAAGUCGGAGCCAGGCUUCCCAGCGGUCAGAGAAGUAAAAAUUUUGUGAUCUUGUUAAACCAAACUGCUUGAAAAACACAGCGGAGGAUGUGGCUUGACUGCAUAAACGUUGGCUGUAUGAUCUCUGGCACUAAUAACUUUUAUUUUUGGUAAAAUAUUUUUAAAAAAACAUUUUGCAUAGGAGCCGGGAUUCGGAGCCGGAGGCCUUUUUAAAUUUUGCACGGAGCCAAGAGCCGGAGCCGGAGCUGCAAAUUUGGCCUCGGCUCCGGCUCUGGGAGCUAAGAGCCGGAGCCGAAAUUUUGACCGUGGCAAUCUCUGCUUAUAACUUUACGGUAACUGGUCGGAAUUAGCCCAAAUUUAGCGUGCACGUUCAAUUCAUCGUUGUCAAUGCCCGGACAGUGGAUUUAGCUAGUGAGGUACCUUCUUUUUUACGUACCACCUCACCCUUCAAAAACGGCUGCAGCCUGUGAUUUUACACUUUAUACGAUGAAACAUGUCCGGAACCAAACUUAUUGCCUCCGUAUGGAACUAAAUGAGUCGUCACAGCCUUCGUAGGUACACUUAACACUAUAGAGCUAUUAUAGUAAUUCAGUGCCAGCUAGGUCAAAGCGUUUUUUCCUAGCUUUAGUGCCCAAGCUUGGGCGCAGUUCGCGGAGCACCUUUUUUGUGGCCAAAAUAAGGAACUUUUUCCGUUUUUGGUUCCUUAUUUUGGCCACAACAAAGGUACUCCGCGAACUGCGCCCAAGCUAAAGUUCGGAAAAAACGCUUUGACCUAGCUGGCACUGAAUUACUAUAAUAGCUCUAUAGUUUUAAGGGUACCUACGAAGGCUGUGACGACUCAUUUAGUUCCAUACGGAGGCAAUAAGUUUAGUUCCGGACAUGUUUCAUCGUAUAAAGUGUAAAAUCACAGGCUGCAGCCGUUUUUGAAGGGUAAGGUGGUACGUAAAAAAGAAGGUACCUCACUAACUAAGUAAAUCUACAGUCCGGGCAUUGACAACGAUGAAUUGAACGUGCACGCUAAAUUUGGGCUAAUUCCGACCAGUUUCCGCAAAGUUAUAAGUUAUGGCCAAAAUAAGGAACUUUUACCUUUUUCACUUCCAAAAAAUUGUUUUUCUCUGGGAAAGUUUUCUUUUGUGACUCGAUAAUUCGGCGACAUUUCGUCAAGAAUCAAUGAUCCGAGAUUCCUUGUUUUUUUCACAUUUCUUUUUGACGUAAAGUACCCCAAGUGCGACGCUCAGAUUUUGACGAAAAUUAGCGCAAGUUUAGAAAUUUUUUUUUCAAAAAUAUUGGGGUGAACCAAAAAAAAUUUCCGAUUUUUAUAUAUUAUAUCUUUGUGUCCACCUGUUUUUUUACGGAGUUAAGGAUUUGUAGUUCUCGCUUGGCAAAUACACCCGAGGUUUUUAGAUUGAAAGUCGGCGAAAAUUUAGGACUUUUUGCGGAAUUUUGGCUCAAAAAGUUUCGUACCUAUUUCUACCGUAAAGGGUAAUGUUUCCACAAAAAAUCAAUUUUUUCCGCACGAAACUGCCAAAGUUAUGGGCAAAAAACGUGUUUUUUCUCUGACCGCUCUCCGCGUUUAGCGUGAUCUCUCGGCGGCAAGAAUGGUUCAAUAUCUCGGUGGCGCUUGCAAAGCGCGAGAUAAAACUUUCAGGAAUUGGUAUAUAGUUUAUGCCCGACGUGUGUACAGAAUUAAAAAAAAAGAAAAAAAUCUGAGCGUCGCACUUGGGGUACUUCCCUUGUGGAUAAGACAUCCCAAUUUUAAUCACACUCUAAGUGUUGCUCGAGCGCUCUUCAAUUUUUAUUAUCAUCGUUUGUUUUCAGAUGUGGAAUGCACGAUAUGUUCGAAGAAAAAGCCGGUUCGUGCCAUGAAGUGCACCAGCUGCAAGCAAUGGGUCGGCUGCGGCAGUUGUGUGUUGGGAUGGGCGAGGACUUGCGUGGAUACCGAGGCUACAAUCUCAUGCCCUUUGUGCAGAUCGACGUGGAAUUAUAUGGAAAAGAAAUUGAACAAGAAGUGA